CGGCGGGAGAGGCCGAAAAUCGGGCCUGCGGGGCACCGCCGAACCUUGCUGGGACAUGGCCCGCUGUGGGGAGGGCACCGCGGCUCCCGGGGUACCUCUGGGGUCCCCUGGAGGCUGCGGUAAGGGGUUGCAAAGGAAAGGACCCUGUGAACGGCGCCGGCUGAAGGCGACGGUGUCGGAGCAGCUCUGCCGGGAUCUGCUCAGGCUUCUAAGGGAAGAGAUCCAUACAGAUGUUACUUUCUCUAUAGGUUGUACUUUGUUCAGAGCACACAAAGCAGUCCUUUUAGCCAGGGUUCCUGACUUCUAUUGCCAUACUGUUGGACAGGCAUCAAAUAAUUUAGCAAAUCAUGAGCCAGUUGCUGUGGAGAACUUUGAAGCUUCAGAAUUUAGAACAUUUUUACAGAUUGUAUAUUCAUCAGACAGAAAUAUAAAAGACUAUGAAGAGGAAGUUCUUAAGAAAAAGAUAGUGGAGAGGGGGUUACCACAAAAGAAACAAGACUUCAAUUUUCAAAAUUGUGUUGACGAUGAAGAAAAAUCAUCCGUGCAGCUCUUAGAUAAUAAUGACUUGGAACCUGCAUCUGAGUUGGGAGAAGAUUUAUUGAAACUUUACGUGAAACCUUGUUGUCCAGAUAUUGAUAUUUAUGUUGAUGGAAAAAGUUUUAAAGCACACAGGGCCAUUUUAAGUGCCAGAUCUUGUUAUUUUGCUGCAAUGCUGAGUGGCUGUUGGGCUGAAAGCUCCCAAGAGCUUACUCUUCAAGGUAUAAACCAUGUAGAAAUGAAUAUUAUGAUGCAUUUUAUAUAUGGAGGAACUUUGGACUUUCCAGACAAUGCUAAUGUUGGCCAGAUACUCAAUAUGGCUGAUAUGUAUGGACUGGAAGGAUUAAAAGAAGUAGCCAUCUAUGUUUUAAGAAGAGAUUACUGUAAUUUCUUUCAGAAGCCUGUUCCCAGAAGUUUGACAUCUAUUCUAGAAUGCCUGAUUAUUGCUCAUUCAGUUGGAGUGGAAAGUCUUUUUGAUGACUGCAUGAAGUGUGUUGUAAAGCAUUUUGCAAGAUUUUGGUCUGAAAGAAGCUUUGCAAAUGUACCUCCUGAGAUUCAGAAAAGUUGUCUUAAUGGGUUGAUUCAGUCCUUAAAUGAUAAGAAUGCUGCUUUUCUUCUGAUGGAAAGUGACAGGCUCAUCAUCAGUUUACCCAGAGUUAAGUGGACAGAAGCAGCACUUCUUAUGGCCUCUCAGCUCCAAGAGGAGUGUAUGGCAUUUAUUAUUGAAAACUUCUCCAAGAUUAUUCAAAGUGAAAAUUUUGCUCUUCUCUUACAGUCACAAGCAAUGAGCAGCACAGCCGAUCUCUUGGAAAAAAUAUUGAAAGCAAUUGAAGAAAACAUUACCACUGAGAAUAGCUGCUCUCUUCUUAUGGCUCUGGACACAUUACUGAAUUCUGACCACACAAAAGAAAUGGGUUUUACGUGCAAGAUCCAGGCUCUGCGUGAUAAGCUGUGGGUCUUCCUGGUUCAGUCUUUCUAUGCUGUUCGUCACACAGAAAGCUGGAAGCUGAUGAGCACAGAUGAUCAACAAAAAAUCCAAGCAGCUGCAUUUGACAAAGGUGAUGAUCGAAGACUUGGCAAAAAGCCCAUAUUCAGUAGCUCUCAGCAAAGGAGACAACAUUCUGACUCUGGUCUUAUAAAAAGCACAUCUUCAAGAGGAAAUAACAAGAAAGAGUGUUGGAGAUAUCCCUCUACUAAUCAAAAGAUGAAAUCCGAUGGACUAGGAGCAUCAGGACAUACAUCAAGUACCAAUAGAAAUACUAUAAAUAAAACUUUGAAGCAUGAUGAUUUAAAAGAAAAAGAUGGUACAAAAAUAGCAUCUAAGUUUACAAAAGAAUCAAAAACUGGGGUGAAAACUGUUUCUGGAAAGCCCAAAGCUAUAAUAAAAUCUAAAAUGGAAAACAGUGAUAAUACAAAGUCAGCAAAUGUGUCACCUAGACAAGCUGUGGAAAGAUCAGCAGCAGCAGCAACAGCAACAGCAGCAAAUGGACAGAAUAAUUUAUUAAAUGGAAAAGGAGUGAGAAAUCAGGAAGGGCACAUUACAGGUGCCAGACCCAAGAUACUUGCUGGAAACUUAAAUGUUCAAGCCAAAGCAAAGCCUUUGAAGAAAGUGACAGGAAAAGAUUCUCCAUGCAACAGCAUCACAGGUCCCUCCAGCAGAUCUACCAACUCAAGUAUGGAAUUAUUGAUUUCCACUGAAUGUCUGGAUGAGCCCCCCAAAAAUGGAUCAAUAGGAGAAGAGAAGCCUUCUGGUCAUAAACAGUCCCUUUAUGAAUCUCCAAGACAGAUAGUAAAAAACAAUGGUGAAACUAUCAAAACUUCCACUGUAGCAGUAAAAUCUAGACCUGUUUCAAAACUUACCAAUGGAACUUCCAAUAAAAAAAGCAUUCAUGAACAAGAAAAUAAUAUAAAUAACAGUGUGCUAAAGAAGGUCACUAACAAAGGAUGUAGUGAUUCAGCACCACAAGCAAUUUUAAAGAAAAGAGGAACUAGCACUGGAUUUGCUACCACCCAGCAGAGAAUGAAAAAUGGCCCUUCUAGUCUUGCUAAAACUCAAGGAUCCCAAGGAGAGUCACCCAAUUCAGUAAAAUCUUCAGUCUCUUCAAGACUGUCUGAUGAAAAUGUGACAAAGUUGGACCACAGUACAACUACAGAUAAACAAAUACCCAAGAGAAAAAUUGUUAAGCAAGGAAACACAACUUUGCCUAAGGUUAAUGCAAAAAUAGUUACAAUGCCUAAAAAUCUAAAUCAGUCUAAGAAAGGUGACACUUUGAAUAAUAAAGAUUCAAAACAGAGGAUGCCUCCUGGACAGGUUAUAAUGAAGACUCAGACUUCUUCUCAAAGACCUUUAAAAAAUGAAACAUCUGUUGUCCAAAAAAGUAUGCUUCAAGAUCUAUGUGAUAAUAAUAAUAAGGGUAAUAUUUUGGAACAGAAGCCUCUUGAACCUCUAAUUAAUUUCACAUCCAAAAUCAGUGGUACAGAAGCCUUGCAGUCAUCAUGUAAACCUAAACCACAAAAGCCAUUAAACAAUCACGAAAAAGAGAAAUUGGUAUUUGAAUGUCAAAAUAUGUCAAAUCUGGAUAAAGCAAUGAAAGAUGAACUGGAAGCAAAACAUAUUUGUUCAAAUAAAAGUAAACCAAAAAUUUCCAGUCACAAAGAAACAGAUAAUUGCAACACAGCUAAAGCACAUGCUGAUGGGCGUGAUAAUGUAGAUUCAAAAUUUUAUAGCUCCACUGCCCUAAAAUCUAUAGUUUUAAAUCCAAAUGAAAACUCCUUGAACUCUAAUCAACUUUAUGAUUUAGAUUCAACAGAUGCAGGGCAAAUCCAUUCAAUUUCAGCUAGGGAAAAACAAGUAGGGAGGGAAGAUACAAUUAAAACAUCAAGUAUUAAAUGUGUGAAAGAUGUUUUACCGUAUGCUCCUGAAAGGACAAACACUGUGUUAAAUUCUGUGCAUGAUGACAGAAAAACUGUAAUUCAUUUAGAAAAACACAAAAUUCCUAGUGAGUUGUCUGAUGACUCUGUUAUGAAGGAAGACAAACAUAUGACAGCAGACUCAGAUACAUCCUCCAAGUGUUUUUUGGAACAGAUAGCAGGAAAAAAUUCUCCUAAGGAGAUGGAAACAACAGAAACUCCAGAGAACCACAACACUCCAGAAGCGCCAUUCAUGAGUCACUGGAAUUUGAGCACCAGUGUUCUGCACCAGAGAGAGAGUCCAGAGUCUGACACUGGCAGUGCUACCACAUCCUCUGAUGACAUAAAGCCCCGAUCUGAAGACUAUGAUGCUGGAGGAUCUCAGGAUGAUGAUGGGUCCAAUGACAGAGGUAUUUCUAAGUGUGGCACAAUGCUAUGCCAUGACUUUCUUGGAAGAAGUAGCAGUGACACCAGUACUCCUGAAGAAUUAAAAAUAUAUGAUAGUAAUUUGAGAAUUGAAGUCAAAAUGAAAAAGCAAAGCAGUGGUGAUGUUUUCCAAGUUAAUUCGACAAGCGAUGAUGAUGUUCCUAGAAAAAAAACAGAAAUUUGGUCUCGAUCUACAAUAGUCCACCCUAGGGAUAAAGAAAAUAUUCCACGAGGGAGUGUCCAUUUUGCUCAGGAAAUAGAUCAAGUUUCUUCCUCAGCAGAUGAAACAGAAGAUGAAAGGUCUGAAGCUGAAAAUGUCACAGAGCAUUUCUCUGCAUCUAACCCAGCUCCUCAGCAGUUUCAAGGAAUAAUUAAUUUAGCUUUUGAAGAUGCAGCUGAAAAUGAAAGUCGUGAAUUUUCUGCAACUAAAAAAUUUAAAAGGUCAGUUUUACUUUCAGUAGAUGAGUGUGAGGAGCUAGGAUCUGAUGAAGGAGAAGUCCACACUCCAAUUCGGCCUUCUAUAGAUUGUCUUUCACCUUCUGAUGUUUUUGAUGGCAUUUUCCACGAGCAACGUGGAAGGACCUGCUAUUCCAGAUACUCACAAGGAAGUGAAGGUAGUACCUUAGAACAUAAACAAGAUAAAGGCAAUAGUGUAUAUAAAAAUGAAAGCUCACUCUUGAGUCUGGGUAACAUUGACACUUCAAGAAAAGAUAAGCAGAGUACUUCAGCUACAGAAACAAAGAACACGCUAGAUACCCUGUCCAAAGGAGACAGACAGUUUCUACCAGAAGACAAAAAAGUAAACAGCGGAAGUGAAGUGGAUAAUGACUUUCAGCAACGCAGCAAACUCUCCGAUAAUGAUAUAAAGUCUCAAGAAAGACCAUGUCAUUUGGCGCUUCAUCACAGAGACCCCAAUUCUGACAUACCAAAGAACAACUCUUCAAAGUCUCUGGACUCCUGUCGGAGUCAAGUUCUGCCUCAGGAAGGUCAAGUGAAAGAGAGCCAUUCCACAGCUACCGAAAAAGCUAAUAUUGCUUUAUCUGCAGGAGACAUAGAUGAUUGUGACUCACUGGCACAAACCUACAUGUAUGACCAUCGACCUUCAAAAACCCUUUCUCCAAUAUAUGAGAUGGAUGUAAUAGAAGCAUUUGAGCAGAAAAUGGAAUCAGAAACACAUGUUAUGGACAUGGAUUGUGAAGACGAUCAGCACUUUGCAAAACAAGAUUGGACGCUAUUAAAGCAACUGCUCUCUGAACAGGAUUCAAACUUAAAUAUUACAAAUUCUGUUCCUGAAGACUUAAAUUUAGCACAGUAUCUAAUCAAUCAGACGCUACUUUUAGCACGCGACAGCUCAAAACCUCAGGGUAAAGCACAUGUUGACACUUUGACCAGAUGGAGUGAACUAACAUCUCCACUUGAUAAUUCCUCCGCAAGCAUCACAAUGGCUAGUUUUUCCUCUGAAGAUUGUUCACCCCAAGGGGAAUGGACAAUUCUGGAACUCGAAACUCAGCAUUAAGAGUAUUAACAUUUUAGAAAAUUUUAAACUAUGCCUUCCCCCCACUUUUUGUUUAUGUUUAUAUUAUAUGCAAAUAACGAUUACAUUAGCCAGAGAUUGACUGUCCUUAAUAUUGAAGGAGUCUUUCCAAUCUAUGGAGGUAAACUUACAUUAGUUAACAUGAUCUCACCUGUAGAAAACAAAUGUUUCUCUAAAAAUUUUGAGCAUGUUUCUAUAAUUAUUAGAGAAAUUAGAAGAGGUGUAAGGAAAACCUUGCUUCAAUUUUCCUUUCCUAACUGAUCUUUUGUUCACUUGUUCAUCAUUCAAGAAUUUACAAUGUGAAUGCACAAACAGAUCGGUCCCUUUACUUUUUUGCUCUGCAUAUGGUAAAUUGGUAAUUCAACAAUAAAAAAGUAUCGUGCUUGUGUGCUUUAUGUAGAGUUUAUCUGUGAGUAACAUUCAGAUUCAGGUUGAUAUGGUUGAUAGCUGAGUAUCAAUAAAAAUCUUAAUUUCCCCAACAAUUGAGGUCUGGGAAAUAGUGAAGUAAAUACAUUCUCCAAUUUCAAUCUUAUUGUUACUAAAACAGAAAUGGAAUCCUCUGUAACUCUCCUUCUGGGAUAUAGCCAGAGAGGGAAGUCUGCCUUUGUUCAAAAGAAUGGGGAAGCUGUCUAUCUUUAAUCUAUAUGGACUCCCUUUUUUAUGGUUACUUAGAACUCUCCAGUUUCCAUUCCAUAUCAGAGAUAUUUUAGAACUGCACCUGCAGUAAGCCUGCACUAAAUAUUAACUUGAAAAUGGGUAUAUGAGGUAAUUGAGUUACCGAGUGAAACUGCAUGUGUGUGAGCAUGGGCACACACACAUGUGUAUGUCUUAUGCAUUGUCUAGUUACCUACUUCUUUAUUUCCUUGAUCAGAUUGCCUUUUUAUUUGUAAUGUUGGUAGCAAGGCAAAGAUAAAAUCUUUUUUUAAAAAGGCUACUGAGGAGCAAACUUUUAGGUCCAAUAUUGAUGUGGAUGUUUUCUCUAGGGUAAUGAGAUUUAGUAGAAUCAAUCUCUUUUAAGCUUUGUAAUGCAUAAUUUCUCUAAAAUAUGUCAGAAGUGAGGAAACAUUUUGGUUUAAAAGUACUUUUCUAAAUUAAAAUUGUCAAUAAAUGAUCAACAAUAAGGAUCCUGUAUAUUAAAUAUCAAUAAUCAUAUUAAUGCAUAAUCACUUGUUCUUAUAUAUUAAUUUAACUAUGUAAAAUUAGCUACUAGCCUGUUACUAUAAUAUCAUUUAGUUGCUAUGCCUUUUUUAAAAUAGAAGCUCUACAAGAAGCACUCAUUCAGUCAGUCAUACUGGUUCUGGGUGCUGUAGUACAAAAAUAAGGUUUGAGUUCUUCCUCCUUCCUCAAAAAAAGUUGUUUCUGCUGAGAGGGGAAAACAUGUAAGAAAAGAGUUAAAAUACAGUAUUAGAAGAACUUUGUAUUUUUUAAUUUUUAUUUAUUUUAAUACUUUUAAAUGUAAUGAUUAGUCUAAUCCCUUAAAAUGUCAAGGAUUGAAGUUCACAUGAGUCAAAAGAUUGCACAAGAGCCCAUUAACUAAUUUGUGGACUAGAAUCCAAUAUUCCUUAAUUUCAGUUUGAUGUUAUUUCUGCCACACAACACAGGUCAUUUGAUUUUUUAUCAUAAAACCUGAGAACAAAUACUAAAUUUAGAGAUAAAUUUGUGGUGUAAAGAAGUAUGAUAGAGGGCCUCCCUGGUGGCGCAAGGGGUUAAUAUGCAACCUAUGAAGCUAUCAGCACCCUCUGCAGCACGAGUUUCAUCCCCCUGCCGCCAGGGAGCUACCCACAUGGUGCAGCAGACCUCUCCUGACUCACCCGCUGCUCCCCUCAGCAGUGUACUUUGGUCAGUCUGCCUGUUCUGUUCCCCACUCUGUCUCUGGUGAAUCCUCUCACCCCCCACACCUCUGGCCUGUACCCCAGUUCUUGUAUGCAUAAAUAAAUAAAUCUUUUUUAAAAAAAGAAGUAUGAUAGAGUCAGAAACAGCACCAAGUCCCAAGAGAUUGUGGAUAUUGUGUUAUUUUUUUCUCCAAAUGUGAAAUUGUUUUGUUACUUUUAAUAAACUACCUCAGAAGCUCACAAAUUUAUAACU